CAUUUGUCGUGUUAGCAUGAACCAGCGUACUCAUGUAGCAGACAAUCCUUGUAACGUGCCCACAAUCGACUUUUCUUUUCUUCCUUUGAAUCUUGCAUGUGUGUAAAAAUGUCCGGGUCUCGGGAACUUCCAGUGCCUCCCACUGAUAUCCAGCAGAUGUCUGAGAGUAAAGAAGAGCCUCCUGAGCAGCAGGAAUGCAGCUCCAGCCUGGAUCAGGAGGACUUCAAGCCCUCACAAGUGAAAGAGGAACAGGAGAAACAGUUGAUCAGUGAGGAUGGAGAGCAGAUUCAAGGACAGGGGGAGGCUGAUGUCAAGUUCCUGUUCUCUCCUGUUCCUUUGAAGACUGAAGAUGAUGACAAGAAACCUCAGUCUUUGCAGCUUCAUGGAAUAAAAAUUGAACAGAUGGAAACAGGAGCUGAUGGAGAGGACUAUGGAAGAUCAGAAGGGGCAAGGAGCUCAGAUCCAGAGAAACAUCCAGAAAUUGAGGUCAUGAUUGAAGAAUCUUCUGAACUUGAGGCUGAAGAAUGUAACAACGUGAGGUGCUGCCCUGAGUGUGGUAAAGGAUUCAGAUAUACAAGUCAUCUGAAAGGUCACAUGAGAAUUCACACAGGAGAGAAACCCUUCAGCUGCCCUGAGUGUGGCAAAAGUUUUAGAGAUAACAGCAAUUUAACUGCCCACUUGAGAACGCACACAGGAGAGAAACCCUUUGGCUGCCCUGAGUGUGGCAAAAGUUACAGACAUAAAAGUAAUCUGACAGAUCAUUUGAGGACUCACACAGGAGAGAAAAACUUUGGCUGCCCCGAGUGUGGUAAAAGAUUUCAAUUUAAACGUACUCUGACAAUUCACAUGAGAAUUCACACAGGCGACAAGCCUUUCAGUUGCUCUGUGUGUGGAAAAGGAUUUACCCGCAAGGAAAACAUGAUCCAGCAUAUGUUCAUACACACAAGAGAAAAACAAUUUGGUUGUUCUGAAUGUGAUAAAAAAUUCCAUUUUAAAGGACAUCUGCGGCAACACGAGAGAAGUCACAUGGUAGAGAAACCCUUUAGCUGCUCUGAGUGUGGUAAAGGUUUUAGUCGUAAAAAAUAUCUUACCCAUCAUAUGCGUGUUCAUACAGGUGAGAAACCCUUUGUCUGCUCUGAGUGUGGUAAAGGAUUUGCCCAAAAAGAAACUUUAAUUGAACACAUGUUUGUCCACAACAGAAAAAGACACUUGUACUGCUCUGAGUGUGAUAAAGGAUUUACAUGUCAGGAAACUCUAAUCCGACACAUGAUUGUCCACGAAACAGAGAAACCCUUCAUCUGCUCUGUGUGUCACACAAGGUUUGAUCGACGAGGCAAUUUGAAAAAGCAUAUGUUAAUUCACUUAAAGGUGAAACCCUUUGGUUGUUCUCAGUGUGGCAAAAGGUUUGCUGAAAAGGGCUGUUUGAAAAAACAUUUGACAACUCACACUGGAGAAAAACCCUUUAGUUGCUCUGAGUGCACCAAAACUUUUAGGAAUAAAGAAAAUUUGAAUAAACACAAGAGAGUUCAUACAGGAGAAAAACCCUUAAGCUGCAGUUUUUGUGAGCAAAGAUUUACAUGGCACUGCCAGUUAAGGAGACACAAGUGUGUUGGUGAUCAUGCUUCAGAGCUUUUAAAAAAACAAACAAAACUCAAAGGAGAGACUGAGAUGGGGGCUGACUUCGAGGAAUGUGGCAGAACAAAAGGAGCCAAGAACUCAGAUCCAGGGGGACAGUUACAACCAGAGAUUGAGGUCAUCAUAGAGGACUUUCCUGACCCUGAAUUUGACGGGUGUCAUGAUGAUUCCAAGGGAUCCUAAGACCAUCUGCAAUUUUUACUUUGAGAGAUUAGGAAACUUCAGUACGAGUCAGGAAAUGCCAUAUUGACAAACCAGUAAGAAAUAAAACUUGUCCGCUCUGAGCUGGGAAUCUGCUGUGGUUUAAGACUGUAAAUCGUAUUAUUUCAAGUGGUAAUGCUGGACUGAAAUAAUCUGACAUUUGUGAUGUACAACUGUGUAUCAUCAGCAUUCUGGAGGUUUUUAUUGUUUAAGGUCUCUGUGGAAUUGUGGAUAGAAUUGUCCCUCUUUCCCAUAUAUUGAGUUUUUAGAUUUAUCUUUUUCACAAUUUUUAAAGAAUAUCAAGCCAUGAUUAUUUCUUCUUCUAUUAAUUAUUUAGAAUGUCGUGACUCCAUUUGGAUUUUUUAUACUUACAUGAGCUCCAGAAGGACUGAUAUAUGACGAGUCUCACUGUUAAGAGAAAAGGAAGUUAGACAUUUGAGACCAAUUUCAUUUCAUCUGACAAAGACAGACAGAUGUGCAAGCCAUCUCUGCUGUAGCCUACAGGACACAGUUUAGUUUCCUUCCCAUAAACUUUGAAUAUCUUUUAUUCUGCCAUUAUCCACGUGACCCCCAGUCUGACAGUGCUGUCCCACUCCACAGAUCAAGAGCUUCACAUUGAACAGAAGUUUUAUCUCUUUCCACAUCAAUAUUAUUAGCUUAGGUACUUUUACACCCUUUUUUGGGGGGUUGAAGAACCCUUAAUUUCAUCUAAGCAUCUCUAUUUUAAUAGUGUCACUAAUGAUUAUUCAGAAACUCAGCAAAUGUUUCUUUUCAGCCAUUGCUUUGAAUAAUGUGUUUUAAUAAUCAUAAAUACUUAAUUUUAUUAUCAUGUUAUCAUGACAGUUAUCAUUCGUCAAAGUUGGGUUCAUCCAAAAUUUAUA